CUGUGAGUGAAGGUAACUUUCUCCCUUUCGCGCGCUUCUUCGACCAAAUGCCAUAAAUCCGCCAAACUACAGGAUCCAGUAAAUUCCGGAUUUACGGAAAAAAAAGGGAAACGGAGGAUUUAUCCCGCCGUGAGAUUUACGGGGGGCUCAAAUCCCGUUUGGCAGGAUUUAGCAUAAAUACUACUAAAAUCCUGCAUAAAUCCUGUUGCCAAACAGCCCCUCCCUCGUCUAAUUUAACGAGAGCUGACGUCCCUUUUCCCGCCAAUUUCCGAAGAGAGAGAGAGAGAGAGAGAGAGGAUGGGAGCGGGGGAGAUCCGAAGGAGAGUCCAGAAGAAAUUUAAGCUCCGAGGCUUCACGCUAAAGGUCGAUGCUUUGGAGGAAGCCCUAUCCUUCUUGUCUCAUUUCCAGGACGCGGAGGAUGAAGCCCUCGACCUCCUUCUUGAUGAGAUCGACAAGGAAUCACUUAAAUCGUCGAUCCUUGACGGGGAGGCAGUUCGACGUGUUGUGAACCUUCUUUUAGAGGCGGAGACCGCCGUAGAUCCGACCUCGCCUGCGGUCAGCAGCCGAUCGGCUCUACGUGUGGUAGAUGCGUUCGUGAUCCCGAGAUUUUGUUACGAUCCCAUCAAGCAGGUGUUCUACGAGUACAUCGGUAAAUUAUCAAUCCACGGGGAAGCUACAGACAAAGCUGCCCUUUACAAAGACAGGUACCAACUGUUGCAUCAGAGGCUCACCCGAGACAAGUACUUCUCAAAGCCUGUAUUUGAUGCUGAAAUGGUGGACUCGGAGAGCUGUGAGAUAACUCCCAUACAAUCUUUGAUUGGGUGUAUUGGAAGGAGAUGGCUAAUGGGGGUCAUAUCUCAACUUGAGGAAGGUCACUUCUAUUUGGAAGAUCUUACUGCUGCAAUACCAAUUGACUUGACAAAUGCAAAAAUCACUUCAGGAUUCUUUGUCGAGAACACAGUGAUUGUUGCCGAAGGAGAGCUUCUUUCAAAUGGAAUUUUCAAGGUCAAUACAUGUGGAUUUCCACCUUUAGAGGAUAGAGAUGAUUCCUUAUCUUUGCUCAUGGGUCUCGAUUUCUUUGGUGGUGGUGUUGUCACAACAGAAGAAAAUCUCAGAAUGUCAGCAAUGGAAAAGAAAGCAGAGAAUGACAUGUUUGUCAUACUUUCAGAUGUAUGGUUGGACAACGAAGAGGCUAUGGAAAAGCUAUCCGUGGUCUUGGAUGGUUAUGAAAGUUUGGAGGUGGUUCCUUCUUUAUUUGUUUUGAUGGGAAAUUUCUGUUCUCGUCCGUGCAAUCUUUCUUUCCACUCGUUCUCUAAUCUCAGGACGCAGUUUGAAAAGCUGGGAGAAAUGAUAAAAGCUCAUCCAAGGAUAAACGAGCAAAGUCGUUUUUUGUUUAUCCCAGGUCCUGAUGAUGCAGGUCCAGCAAAAGUUCUUCCAAGGUGUGCAUUGCCAAACUAUCUAAUUGAAGAGCUCCAGAAGCUCAUUCCCACUGCUAUCUUCUCAAGCAACCCUUGCAGAGUAAAAUUCUACACUCAAGAAAUUGUAUUCUUCCGGCAAGAUCUCCUCUACAGGAUGCGUCGUUCAUCUUUGAUUCCACCUUCCUCGGAAGAAACCACUGAUCCAUUUGAACAUCUUGUUGCUACCAUUACUCAUCAAAGCCAUCUCUGCCCUCUACCACUCACAGUACAGCCUAUCAUUUGGAGCUAUGACCACUCUCUUCGGCUCUACCCAACCCCUCACACGAUUGUUUUGGGUGAUAGGAGUGAGCAGAAGGCCUUCAAAUACACAGGAAUAACGUGUUUCAACCCUGGAUCCUUCUCCAGUGACGGCACCUUUGCAGCAUAUCGUCCCUGCACGCAAGAAGUUGAGCUAUCGGCCCUUGAAAGCUAGGAUUUUGAGCCUCAUAACAAAACUUUAUUCUUUUGGUCGCCUGUAGCUCCUACCUCAAAUAAUAGGAAUAUUUAUACCGGAAGUUCCAUGCUUUAGAUUCCCAUGAUAAUGUUAUUUGUAAUUUGGUAGCAUGAGUUCGGUUCGGGGCCCCUAAGCAUAGAAAAUGUAAACCCAAAAAGAAAUGAUUUUUUUUUUUUUAAGUUUAUUGAUUGUAGUUAUUUUGGUUUCUUAUAGUAUUGUUUUUAAUACUGAUGAAGCAAGUUUCUUGCUCA